UCUGGUCGAUCUGUCAUCUAAGUCUAGGCUGGGUUUUCCACUUCCCGGGACCUGGGUCCAACUGCACACAGGGUCUGUCUCUCCUGCCAGGAUUACAACAAAAACCCGUCAUGCCUGUGAGAACACCAACCCCCCUAAGCAAGCGGAAAAAGCCCUCCAAGAUCAUAACUGACCUAGCACAUAUCACUCAGGAAGAGAAUCGGUCACAGCGAGAGACAUCUGAGUUCGACCUGGGAAAAAAGAUUGGAAUUCCCAAAGACAUCAUGUUGGAGGAGCUUUCCCUGCUGAAGAACCGAGGCUCCAAGAUGUUCAAGAUGAGGAAGCAGAGAGUGGAGAGGUUCAUCUAUGAGAACAACCCGGACAUCUUCAUCAGUGAUUCCAUGGACAAUCUUCAGAAGUUUAUUCCCUCUGUGGGAGGUCAGAUGGGAGGUGAGACGAUAUCUGUCGGUGGGCAUUAUCUUAGCAAACAGGCUGGACACCUGCAUUUUGGAGGGUUACACGGUAUAGGAGGGGCUCCUGUGCCGCCUCCAAAACCUGGAAGCCAUGGAAUAGGAGGAGCAGGAGGUGCAGGAAGUGCAGGAGGUGCAGGAGGUGCAGGAGGACUCGGUGGUGGCGAGCACGGGAGUUCUAAGAAAGGAGACGCAUCUGCUAGAGGUGGAAGAGAUGAUGCAUCUAAGAAGCAGAGUCAUCUGAAGACAUAUGUGUCACCAUGGGAGAAGGCCAUGAAGGGGGAUGAGAAUCUGCUUGCCACUCUGAAAGCUGCAAUGCCUGGCCCUGUUGAGAGAAAGGACCUGCCCAAGUACAAAUGCUUCAACAGGACUGCCAUGCCCUAUGGCGGCUAUGAGAAGGCCAACCAGCUCAUGAAAUUCCAGCUGCCAGACACUAAGUCGACCAAACUGGAGCCCAUAAUAGUGUACGGGAAUGACAUCGGUGGCAGGCCUUCCUUUAACCGCACUCCUAUUGGCUGGGUGGGCAGCAGUGAGCCCAGCAGCAUUCAUAUGGAGAUCGAUGCUGUGCCCUUCGAUGGAGAGACCGAUGAGCUGUGAAAGAAAUAUUCAUAUCUGUGAUUACACUCACUGUGCACAUACAGUAUACACACACAAGCAUAAACGCAUGUAUACAGUCUGUUGUAGCAUGCCCAUGAUAGCUGAGCUUACAAUUAACUCUUAUACUGAUGAAUUUGAAUCUCUCAGUGUGGAUAACUGAAAGUGUACAUGAAACGUGUUCAUGUUAUUAUCUGCAUUUGGUUGUAAGGCAAAGAAACAAGCUGUAGAUGUUAAUGGGGAGAUGCAACAUCAAUAGUUUAUUUGCUAAGUUCAUAAACUGAGUCUAAACACUCCUUUAAUUUGUCAGAAAUUUCCUGUUCAUGGUAAGAUUUUGACAUGGAGGAAAAAAGGAAUUAUGUAUGAAGGAUAGGCUCAUGUUAUGUUACUGUUGUGCAUGUUGUCUUCAUGUCAAUUUGUUACCAUAUUUGUUAUUAGUUGAGCUAUGAAAACACUACAAAUCUGUCUA